UUGGUGAUGCACCAAAAGAAGUAUGCAUCUGAUAUAUUGAAGAGGUUCAAUAUGAUGAGCUGCAAUCCAUCAUCAUCACCAGCUGAGACAAAUGUAAAACUGGUAAUGAAUGAAGAUGAAGAACCUGUGAAUCCUACAUUAUUCAAGCAAAUUGUUGGUUCACUGAGGUAUCUAUGCAAUAGUAGACCUGAUAUUGCAUAUGCAGUUGGCAUAAUUAGUAGAUUCAUGAGUGAACCAAGAGUAUCUCACCUGCUAGCAGCCAAAAGAGUGAUGAGAUACAUCAAAGGAACACUGCAGUAUGGCAUUUUAUUUCCUAAGUGCUUAAAUGAAAAUUCUAUUGAACUGAUAGCAUAUUCUGAUGCUGAUUGGUGUGGAGACAGACAAGAUAGAAAGAGCACUUCAGGGUACCUAUUCAAGUUUAUGAAUGCUCCAAUUUCAUGGUGUGCUAAGAAGCAACCAGUUGUAGCAUUGUCAACUUGUGAAUCUGAGUAUAUUGCAGGGUGUAUGGCAGCAUGUCAGGCAAUAUGGCUUGAAAAUAUACUCAAGGAGAUGGAGAUAGAGGUUAGCAGACCUAUAGAAUUGCUCAUAGACAACAAAUCUGCUAUAAGCUUAGCAAGAAAUCCAGUUCUGCAUGGAAGAAGCAAGCAUAUAGAAGCAAAGUUUCAUUUUCUGAGGGAGCAAGUGAACAAGGGAGCACUACAGAUUGUUCAUUGUUCUACUGAGCUGUAGCUUGCAGACAUAUUCACUAAGGCAUUAAAGGUU